AUGUGGACGGACGUCGAGGCCGAAUACAAGGCCUGUUCCGCGGUGAUGGCUGACGAGGAUCCAGAAAUCCAAGCGGACAUCCGGGAAACAUAUGGCGAAUGCUAUGGGGUGUUUGAGCAGUGUCUCAGCGACCUCAAUGCCCAGCUGGCCCCCUCCGCAGUCCUUCCUCCCGCACAUCCAGUCCAACAGGGCGGCUGCUCCGAAGCGACGUUCAUCACUGAACGCCUCUUUAACAUCAUUAAGCCACCGUUCGAAGCUAUCCAGGCUCAAGUCGCGGGUUUAAACCAAACCGUAGCGGCUAAGGCGCAAAAGCGUUGCCACUUCAUGAUCGGGGCCGCCUCCAGGCCGGGCCUCAAGAUCGAGACCACGGCAUAUGUUCUGCCUCAAUUAGCAGGCAACCUUCCUUCAUAUCCGAUACCGCAGCACUUCUUGGAUAACCUUCCAAACCUCCAAUUGGCAGACCCUUCCUUCCACCGAAGCUCGCAGAUUGAUGUGCUUCUAGGCGCUGACAUCCUUCCUGCUAUCCUGCUGAGCGGCUUCCAGUCUGCCAUUUGUGGCUCGCUGCUGGGACAAGAGACCAUCUUCGGAUGGGUCCUAUCCGGUCCGGUAUCAGCUGACUCGGCUCGGACGGUUUCCGCCUUCACCACGAAGCUCUCGUUUAAUUCGGAUGUCCGACUCGAGAAGCUUCUCACCAAAUUCUGGGAGGUGGAGGACCUUCCGGGGAGACCGACGAGCGAGUCCGAUUCAGUGUGCGAGGAAAACUUCCUCCAGACCACUAAACGAACCCCCGAUGGGAGAUACGUGGUUACUCUCCCUUUCAAGUGUCCAGAAAAAGUCGAGCUAGGCCACUCCAGAAGCGCGGCCAAGGCCCAGUUCCUUAGAAACGAGCAGCGGCUGCAGCGGAACUUGCCGCUCAAGAAGCAGUACGACUCCGUCAUUCAGGAGUAUUUAGAGCUCGGCCACAUGACAGCGGUUACACCUAGUCAUGAUUCCGGCCAUUUCUACCUGCCACAUCACGCCGUGUUUAAACCCGACAGCACCACAACCAAAUUGCGCGUAGUCUUCAACGCCUCCAGCCCGUCUUCCAACGGGAAAAGCCUCAACGACACGUUGCAUGCUGGGCCAGUCCUUCAGUCUGACUUGACCAUGCAAAUCCUGAGGUGGCGCGUCUUUCGCUACGUUUUCAAUGCCGACAUCAACAAGAUGUAUCGGCAAAUCCAAGUGGCUUCCCAACACACGCCCUAUCAGCGAAUACUGUUUCGCGACCGUAACGGGGACGUGUGUGACUACGAGCUCACCACUGUCACUUUCGGAGUCAACUGCGCACCGUACCUCGCCCUCCGCGUCCUCAAGCAACUCGCACAAGAGGUGCGUCCACAGCUGCCGAUGGCAAGCGUCAUCCUGGAGAGCGACAUGUACGUGGACGACGUGCUCGCUGGUGCUCACUCUCAGUCUCAGGCAAUUUCCGCCAUUGCUGAACUACGCGAAGCACUCGACUCUGCAGGGUUUCCGCUCCGAAAGUGGACAGCUAACCAUAAGGGCGUCCUGCGCGACAUUCCAGUCGACCACUUACUCCGCGCUGACUUCCUAGAGCUGGAAGAGAGUAGCAUCGCUAAGACGUUGGGAAUCCGAUGGCAAGCCAGUGCCGACGAGUUCUUCUUUUCGCCUCCCGCUUUAAACGAGCGACAAUCCUGCACGAAGCGCAAUGUGCUGUCCCAGAUCGCGCAGCUCUUUGAUCCAGCGGGAUGGCUUGCCCCCUUCGUCGUCCAAGCGAAAAUAUUUAUGCAGGAGAUUUGGUUGAGAGAGUUAGGAUGGGAUGACGUCCUUCCUAACGAUCUGUCUCAAGCCUGGGAGACAUUCCUGAACAGCUUUCCGGCCAUCCAAGGGAUCCGCAUUCCGCGGUGGUUACACGUCUGUCCGAUGGCCAAGGUACAGAUUCAUGGGUUCUGCGACGCGUCUCAACGUGCCUAUGGGGCAGCGAUCUACGUCCGAGUUGAGCGUCCGCAGGGCAUUGUGUGUACCCUUCUCACAGCCAAAACCCGCGUUGCCCCCGUGAAAACAGUCUCGUUGCCUAGACUCGAGCUGUGCGGAGCUGUCCUUCUGACAGAACUCUCCGUGGCCAUCCUUCCUCAAAUGCCGCUCGACGCCAGCCAGGUGUACUUUUGGACCGAUUCCACUAUUGUGUUGGCCUGGUUGAACAGGCCGGCAUGUGAUUGGACCACCUUUGUAGGGAAUCGAGUCGCCAAAAUCACUCGCUGUUGGCCCCGCGAACGAUGGAGCCACGUCCGAUCCGAGGACAACCCGGCCGACCUCGCCAGUCGAGGGCUCGGACCCACUGAACUGGUCGGCAAUGACAUGUGGUGGCAUGGCCCUGCGUGGCUGCGUGGUCCGCAGUCGGAGUGGCCUUGUCCACGAGGCUCAAUCCUUGAGACCGACUUGGAGAAACGAGCCGUCAAGGUUCACCACGCCACUGACACAGCCUCGGACAUUCUCAGCCGAUUUUCCGAAUUCGGACGCGCUCUGCGCGUGAUCGCCUACGUUCGGCGGUUCGGCCUGCGCGUCAGAGGGCAAGCAACGCCAGUCCACGUAUCCACAGAGCUAGACAAUAAAGAGGUCGCUGCAGCUCUCCAAGCUGUCACCAUCACGACCCAACGCUCCCAUUAUACGGCGGAGCAUCGCUGUCUUGUAAACAAGCAGCCACUUCCGACUACGAGCUCUCUUCAGAACCUCAAUCCGUUCCUGGACCAAAACGGAGUCAUGCGGGCAUGUGGCCGGGUCCGAGCCUCGGCAUCCAUGACCUACAAUGAGCGGCAUCCAAUCCUGUUGCCACCCGCAUGCCUCCUGGUUCGCCUGCUGGUUCGAUUCACCCAUCACGUAUCCCUACAUGGUGGGAACCAGCUGGUCAUCCGCCUUCUCCGGGCAACAUACUGGAUCCCUCGACUACGUCACGUCGUGAGGGCAGUAAUCCACUCCUGUAAGGUCUGCGUCAUCCAACGCAAGCGACUCCAAACCCAAUUAAUGGGCGACCUUCCUUCCUCACGAGUUACAUUUUCGCGGCCGUUCACAUACACCGGAGUCGACUUCGCCGGGCCGUUCGACGUGAAAAGUUUCACAGGACGCGCCUGUCGCAUCUCCAAGGGGUAUGUGUGCGUUUUCGUUUGUUUUACCACGAAGGCCAUCCAUUUGGAGGCUACGUCCGACUUGUCCACCGACACGUUCCUAGCCGCCUUCGCCCGGUUCGUCGCGAGACGAGGCUGUCCCCACGAAGUCCACUCCGACAACGGGAGGAAUUUUGUCGGCGCAUCCCGCUCUCUGGCUGUGGACCUUCUCGAGGCCCUCCGCACUCGGACCUCCGCGGUGUACAGCCAGCAGGGGCUCACGUGGCGAUUCAUCCCUCCAGGGGCCCCACAUAUGGGGGGCUUAUGGGAAGCGGGUGUGAAGAGCUUCAAGGCUCUUUUCCAACGGUCGAUGUGUACUUCCAAAUACACAUUAGAGGAGUUCGCGACCUUUCUCUCCAAGAUUGAGGCAUGCCUUAACUCGCGACCAAUCUCUCCUAUGUCUGAGGACCCAACUGAUCCGUUGGCCUUGAGCCCAGGCCAUUUCCUGAUUGGUGGUCCGCUACUAUCCCAUCCGACAAGAGACCUCGAGGUUGGAGACCUCGUGGUGAUCAAGGAGGAGAACAUCCCCGCUCAGGAAUGGCGUCUCGGCCGUGUGCAGAACGCGUAUCCUGGAGCCGAUGAUAAGGUCCGUGUGGUAGACCUACUCACGGCCCGCGGCCUUAUCAAGAGACCGAUCACGAAGGUGGUUCUGCUGCCUAUGGAAUCGGAUGUCCUGUCCACCUACUCGCGCGGAGGCUCCGAUUCAUAA